UCGAGGUUGUCAUUCGCAGAUAAACCGAUGAACGUUCACUAUCAUUCGUCAUUGCAAAAAAUUUUAACAGUGUGAGAAACGUUCAUAAUUGCAUCAAUAAGUACGAAAAUCGAAAUUAUAAGCUAAAAAAUUGGGACAAAGCAUUUCAGCCGCAAACGAGGUGCCAUUAAACGUAUUUAAAUGUUUGUUGAGGGCAAUUUUCCCGUAUUAGCAGCCGUUGCCCUAGCAGCGUAAUUAAGCAGCAGUGGCAGAGAGUUUUAAGAUUUAUAGGAAAAAUAAUGCGAUAGGGAAGUGGAGCUCGGAAAAUAUAUAAUAUACAUCUAAACGUAACAAGUACUCGUGUGUUUGUCCGUUUACUGUCGUGACCUCAGCAGAAGUCCGAAACAUCGUACCAUAGUGGAGCACUCGAAGUUAUUAAGAUCACUUCUAUAGGCUUGGACAGCUUUGCAUAUCGGCUACUAAUUGCACAUUAGCCAUUAUGCCACAAUCACGUGCUGCCGCAGCCGAGGCGGUCACGGGUAGUGGCCCUCAACCACUCGUUAAAAUUGGCCACUAUCUGCUGGGUGCUACGCUUGGCACGGGCACCUUUGGUAAGGUAAAGAUUGGCGAGCAUCAGAUGACUCACCACAAAGUGGCAGUCAAGAUACUAAAUCGACAGAAGAUUAAAAGUCUCGACGUCGUGGGAAAAAUUCGCAGGGAGAUACAGAAUUUGAAGCUCUUUAGGCAUCCGCACAUCAUUAAACUUUAUCAGGUCAUUUCCACGCCUACUGAUAUUUUUAUGAUUAUGGAAUACGUGAGCGGUGGUGAACUUUUCGAUUAUAUAGUCAAGCAUGGAAAGUUGCAGGAGCACGAAGCACGUCGCUUCUUCCAGCAGAUAAUAUCCGGUGUAGACUACUGUCACCGUCACAUGGUGGUACAUCGCGACUUGAAGCCGGAAAAUUUGUUGCUUGAUCAUAAUUUGCAUGUGAAGAUCGCCGAUUUCGGUUUGUCUAACAUGAUGUUAGAUGGCGAGUUCUUGCGCACUUCCUGCGGCUCCCCGAAUUAUGCUGCGCCUGAGGUGAUUUCUGGCAAACUCUACGCUGGUCCCGAAGUAGAUAUAUGGUCAUGCGGUGUAAUUCUAUACGCACUGCUAUGUGGCACUCUUCCAUUCGAUGACGAACAUGUACCUACACUUUUUCGAAAAAUCAAAUCGGGUAUUUUUCCAAUACCAGAAUAUCUAAAUAAGCAGGUGGUCAAUUUGGUGUGUCAGAUGCUGCAAGUAGAUCCUUUGAAACGGGCUACAAUGGAGGAGAUUAAAAAGCACGAGUGGUUCCAAAAGGAUUUACCCUCAUACCUCUUCCCCUCAUCUAUUGAGCAGGACUCGAACGUUAUUGACACGGUUGCAGUUGCCGAAGUUUGCGGCAAGUUUGGCGUAAAAGAGGCUGAGGUGCACAAUGCGCUACUCAGCGGCGAUCCACACGAUCAGCUGGCUAUUGCUUACCAUUUAAUUAUUGAUAACAAGCGAUUCGCUGACGAGGCUGCCAAAACGGAGAUUAACAACUUUUUCGUCGCCGGUUCACCACCACCUGUCACUCACUCGCCUAGUGAAAGGUCGGAGCCUGUUGGGCCGGUAGCCACAGUCACAGGUGGAGGCUCAAUUUCGGGCACAUCGACACCCGGCGGCACUAGCGGCGCUAUGCGUCCUCAUCCCGAACGCAUUGCACCGAUGCGCGAACGUCAACUUGCCAUGUCGGUACAGGCAUCGGGCGGUGCUGCAUUCCCCGAGAAAGCAGCACGCGGUACUCCCAUUAAGCGCGCUAAAUGGCAUUUGGGAAUACGAUCGCAGAGUAAGCCCAACGAUAUUAUGCAGGAAGUGUAUCGUGCCAUGAAGGCUCUUGAUUAUGAAUGGAAGAUCAUAAAUCCGUAUCAUGUGCGUGUGCGUCGCCAAAAUCUUAAGACAGGCAAGUUCUCCAAGAUGUCGCUUCAGCUAUAUCAAGUGGAUUCCAAGAGUUACUUGUUAGAUUUUAAGUCUCUAACUAACGAUGAAGUCGAGCAGGGAGAUGAUGUUAUAUUGGAGAGUUUGACACCACCGCCACUAAGUGUACAGGGUGCCAUGCCGCAGCAGCCCACAGGGCACCACACAAUGGAAUUCUUCGAGAUGUGCGCCGCUUUGAUCAUACAACUGGCACGUUAAAUGGCAGAAGGAAAUUUAGGUAGUCAUUGAGGGAAACCAUUAGUGAAGUAGAGUUUUGAACUUAUGCAAAUAAGGAGUCUGAGAAACAUUCUUUGGUCACUAUAUUGAUUGGAAAAAAUGUCGAACAUGCAUAUUUUUAGCAGCGGGUAGAAAGUGGAAUGGUGCAGGUGCCUAUUUAGUUAAGAUGGGAACGUCGUUUGAUAGUCAUCUAUCACGUAUUAGAAUCAUAAGAAAAUAAUAUAUUCAUUAUUGUAGUAUCACUAACGCUUUUAUUAGAAAUUUAACAAAUGAAACUUUUCAAAAACACGGUUUUUAUUUCGAAAAUUAAGUUUUAUCGCAGUUUUUUCUGUUAUAGUAUUUAGCGAAAAAAAUCAAAUCUAAAGAAAGCUAUAUUCUUUAAGUAAGAGCCAACUGUAAGAUUUGAUUAAUUAUUGUCUAAUAACCUGUUUCAAAAAUAUUAACAAGAAAUAAAUGGGCUAUUUUUUUUCAAUUGUAGGAAGCCGAAAAAUUUACACUUCGUUUAUUAAUUAUGGCUAAUGUCGCACAUCAGUGCUUUCAAAUGAUACUAAACACAUCGUAAUGCAUAAUUUUAUAUCUUAAAUCAGGAAAAAUUGUUAUUAUUGGAAUACAUGUAAAAAAUAUACUUAACUUAACAGAAGAGUACAAUGUUGUAAAUAAAGUUUUACUUACAAACUCAA